GCCGGUAUAACCAGUCGCGAUCUCUCUGUCACUGCCACCUCUCGCGUCCAUCAUGAACACUAUCUUCCUGCUCGCAUGUUGUGUGUGCUUUGUGGCUGCACGCCCACAAUAUGCUUACCCUGCCGCCACGCCCGUUCCCAUCCUGGUGGACGAAAGGUUGCCCAUCGACCUGCAGGGAGGCUACGGAUUCAGGAUCCAAACGGGAAACGGCAUCGCGUGGCAGGAAACAGGGGCGGCGGCCUCUAAGAGUGGCCAAUACACGUUCACCCAUCCCGACGGCACUCCCCACACCCUCUCGUACACCGCGGGCGUGGGCGGUUUCCAGCCUGUGUCCGACCUCCUCCCGACGCCUCAUCCUCUCGAACCCUGGCAUAUCGAGCAGAUCCUAUUCGCUGAGAGACAGAGAGCGGCAGCGGCAGCAACGGCGACGGCUGUUUAGACUCAAGAAAGGAUGAUUGUCUCCCUCUUAUGUUGUUUUUUUUACGUUGUUUUCUCUUUGCUAAUGUUACGUUAUUUUGUAUGAAUAUAGAUCAAUAUAAAUAAAUAU